CUACUGCGAUGUUUUUUCUCGUGUUUUGAUGAGGAGCGAGUAAACAAUGCUAAGUGUUUUUGGAGCAUUAUGAUCCGCUGAUCAGUCGUUCGGAAUUGAGAUUAUUUCGUAUAUUUUUGGGAUUUCGCAAUGUCUUCGUCGACGGGAUGUGACACCCUUCGUGUCCUCCACCUGCCCCCCUACAUAACCGACGAAAAACGCGACGAGUUAUUCAAGAAAUAUGGAGCCCUCCACACGAAGACAAUCAGAAAGUCUGACAACUACUCAGCGACAUUCGUCAAAUUCCCAUCGAACGAGGCUGCGACCAAGGCCUUCCUGCAGCUGCAUCAGCUGGAGGUCAAGGGCCAGCAUCUGUCGAUAGAAUUCGCCAAGAAGUCGAUGGAGAGUGAGCUUGAUGGCGAGACUGGGCACUCCGAUGGUAUCCACGGGGGUGAGGCAGGGGACACCGGGAAUUCCGAGCACUUCCAGGCGUUUAUAAAAAAACUGAACAGCUGGACGACGAAUUACACGUUCUCACAGCCACCACCUCCCAACAUAUCGUACAAGUAUCCACUGCCCACUAGGAAUACUCUCAUGCGGAUUGCUAUUCAACUGAUUAGGGAGCCUGCGUUUUAUACUCAAGUCCUGCAUCUGAUGAAUAAGAUGAAUCUUCCUCCACCGUUCGAGGAACUGGAUGAGGAGUUUCCCACUCUGAGGGAAGUUUAUGAUGUCGAGAAUUAUCGAGACAUUUUCGGGAGAAUGAGCACUGAGACUGAAGAUAUUAAUGAAGAUGAAGAAGAAUCAGAAAUGGAGUCUGACGACGAUAAAUCAAAGCCCGAGAUGAUUCCAGUAAAAAGACAGCUCCCCCAGUCGCGGAAGCGUUUAAAAAUCCCCAAAUUCGUGAAUCCACUGAGCCAACCGACCCCCACAACCUCUAGCCACAAAACUAUGAGACCAGAGGAUGUAUUCGAGUCCAUGAAACUCGGGGAUGCGAAGAACCUGAAGAUCGAUCUGAAGAACGUGGAGAAAUUGGUGGAUCCUGAGAGUAACAGGGCUGAUUCCAGUGUUUCGAAUGACGAAACAGGUGAGACUGGAUUUGGUCUGAUAUUUCCAGCGAAUGUUCAUGAUGGGGAGGAGGAAGAGGAAGAGAAGAGGGAGUUCAUCACGUCUGAAGAAUUGGCUGCCAACAGAAUUUCAGCGAAUGACCAAAGAUUACUUCCAGUUUACCAGAAUUAUCAUCCGGGCAAGGCUUCCUGCAGAUUGUACAUAAAGAAUCUAUCGAAACAUGUGGAAGUGGACGAUCUUCAUUACAUCUACAAGAGAUAUGUGUUACCAGGGCUGAAUAAUUCGGAAUCUCAGUAUGACGUUCGAUUGAUGCAAGAGGGGAGAAUGAAGGGCCAAGCCUUUGUCACAUUCCAGAACAUGGGACAAGCGCAACUAGCAUUGAACGAGACCAAUGGAUACAUCUUGAAGGACAAACCCAUGGUCGUGCAAUUCGCUAAAGCUGCCAAGAGCUAACAGUCUAGUUGAAUUUACGUUUUUAUGAAUUAUUUGUACAUAUUUAAAUAAAUUAUUUUCAACACAA